CAUUCACUUAGCGGGCCGAAACACGGGCCGGCCCAGCACGAGAAUCAAAGCAGAGACAGACCGAGCUGUGCCCUAGCACAAAGCCGGCCGCCGCCGCCGCGCGCUCGUCUCGUUCGCCUCUCCUCUGCGUCGCCGCCGCCGUCCCGACGAUUCAAGGUUCAAGAGUCGAUGGAAGACCAAACAGCUGCUGCAGCAGGUCUUGAUUCAAGAGUGAAAGCCAGCUUGGUUCUUGGAACAGAAUCAUUUGCAAUCAGUUCAGAGUCCGGUAUUCUAUCGGAGCAGCUGGCUGCUAUGAAGGAGAAGAGCAUGGAGAUCCUGAAGGGCUACAUCACCAAGCAUAAUGCUCCCGCUGAUGUCCCUGAUGAACCCAUCGAGGGAUUAUCUGAUGAUGAAGGAGACGCACCUGCUAAGAACCCACCAAAGAAACCUAAGAAGCAGAAGUGAUCAUCCAAUUGUAAUGGAAAAGGUUGAUCUGGAAAAGAUGUGAUCGUCCUAUCGUUGGAUUCAUGAUGCUUAGAAUUUGUAAGAAAUUAGCUGCUCGUACAAUAGUUUGCUCAAAGGCUGAACACACUGUAUUUCUCCAGCUAGAUGCAGAUCUGCCCAUUAACUUGUAUGAGUAAGAUAUAUCAACUUGAGGGGUACAUGUAAACUGCAGCAUAAGAAAUUCUGGCAAUUGCAUAUGCUAUCAUGAGUAUUCAAUCA